UCCGUGUAAUAUAAAGGCUAACAUCUAGUAUUGAUAGAAAGAAGGGUCAAGGGUUGGUGAGAUGUCAGGGAAGGCCAUGGAAGAAGCAGCGAAGCCAAAAUGGAAUUCUCUGAUUGUUCCGUCAGUUCAAGAGUUAGCAAAGAAGGAGAUCACUGAGAUUCCAGACAGAUAUAUUCGUCCUGAUCAACAACAAGAAAUUAUUGUUUCAGAGUCAGAUGAUUUGCCAGAAAUCCCAGUGAUUGAUAUGCAGAGAUUGAUCACUGAGGAAUCAGCCAGCUCUGAAGAAUUGGCUAAGCUUCACCUUGCUUGCAAAAACUGGGGAUUCUUCCAGUUGGUGAAUCAUGGAGUGGGGUCGCGGUUGGUGGAGAAGAUGAAGGAGGAGACACAUGAAUUCUUCAAUCUGGGAAUGUCAGAGAAGAACAAGUUUUGGCAGAGAGAAGAUGAUGUGGAGGGAUUUGGACAAGCCUUUGUUGUGAGUGAAGAUCAAAAGCUUGAUUGGGGUGACCUUUUCUUCAUCAAUACACUUCCAGUCCAUUUGAGGAAGCCUCACCUAUUCCCUCAACUCCCUCUUCCUUUCAGAGAAACUCUAGAACUAUACUCAGCUGAGAUGAAAAAUCUAGCAGUGGCUAUUAUGGAACAAAUGGAAAAAGCCCUGAAGAUGGAAAGCAUGGAAAUGAGAGAGUUAUUUAAAGAAGGAAUGCAAUCAAUGAGGAUGAACUAUUAUCCACCAUGUCCUCAGCCUCACAAAGUCAUUGGUCUCACACCCCAUUCUGAUGCUGUAGGUCUCACCAUUCUUCUGCAGCUCAAUGAAGUAGAAGGCCUUCAGAUUAGAAAAGAUGGCAUGUGGGUACCUGUUAGGCCUCUCCCUAAUGCAUUCGUUCUCAACAUUGGAGACAUACUAGAGAUCAUAACCAAUGGGACAUACCGAAGUAUUGAGCACCGAGCAAUGGUAAACUCUGAGAGAGAGAGACUUUCCAUUGCUACAUUUUAUAGUCCAAGAUAUGAUGCAGAGAUAGGUCCUUCACCAAGCUUGGUCACUGACCAUACUCCACCAAAGUUCAAAAGAAUAGGAGUAGAUGAAUACUUCAGAGGCCUAUUUAGUCGUGAACUCCAGGGAAAAUCCUAUCUAGAGGCCAUGAGGAUCCAACAAUGCAAUGGAAAUGAAGAAAAAACCGAGUGAAUAUAUUAUCAACGGACUUCUCACAGUUUCUCCAUUUGUGAUUUUAAAUUAAUCUUCCGUCAGGCUUGACGCCUAGGCUUCUAAAAACAAAAGAAUAGGCUUUGCCUAUGAAUAUUCAGAUGUGUUAUAGUUGCAGAUGAACAGAUAUCAAUGACAAUUUCUGCCCAUAAAAUUGAGCUGAUAUGUUCCAUCUUC